CAUAGUUCGCUGUCACAACACGUGCAAACGAGCAAUUGUUUUGACAUUUCUUUGAUAACAAUUUCAUUAAGUUCUUGGUAGUGUAUAGUAAUUUUUUAGUUAUUCACCUGGCUUUUUUUAUCAAUAAUAAAUAAAAAUGAAGUUAUAUCCAACUCUAACAAAUAGUCGACCCGACUUUAAGAAGUUUCCAGAAAAACUAAACGAUCAUUUGAAAAAUUUUGGGGCACCACAUUUGGAUUCCUUCAAUGAAAUGCUAACACAUGGAUUGGAAAAUUGCGCAAAGCAUAUGAUACCCGUUAGCUUUAAAACACCAGCCGGUGAACAAAUAGAAUUACGAAUCGAAAGCAUACAAAUUUCACGACCACAAGUCCCUAUGGCUGUAAUAGAUGUGAAGAAUCGUUUGAUAUACCCAACAGAGUCUCGACAAUUACAUACCUCUUAUAUGGGUAUGUGCAGUGCUCGAGUAGCAUGGUCUGUUAGUGGGUUAGAAAAAGCGCCCAUCGAUGUUGAUCUCGGUGAAGUGCCGAUAAUGCUAAAGUCAAACGCCUGCAAUCUAGGUGCGCUUAAACCGGAAGAAAUGGUUAAACAUGGCGAGCAUGAUACUGAAUGGGGCGGAUAUUUUGUUAUAAAAGGAAAUGAGAGAAUCAUACGUAUGCUUCUUAUGAGUAGACGCAACUAUCCCAUUGCUGUUAAGCGUUCUUCAUGGAAAGAUCGCGGUGUAAAUUUUAGUGAUAUCGGUAUUAUGGUGCGUUCAGUGCGCGAUGACGAAAGCUCAUAUAAUAAUGUGUUGCAUUUUCUCAAUAACGGAACAGCCAAGUUGAUGUUUUCCCAAAUGAAAAUGAUGUCUUAUGUACCAAUAUGUCUAAUAUUGCGCUGUUUGGUCGACUACACCGAUGAACAAAUUUACCGCAUUUUAGUGCGUGGUUAUGAAAAAGACCAAUAUUUUGUAUCUUCGGUGCAGACAAUGUUAAGAGAUGUACACGGUGAAGGAUUGCAUACACAUAAAGAUUGCAAAUCAUAUUUGGGCAGAAUCUUCCGUUCGAAAUUCCCCGAAGUACCUGAAUGGAAAACUGAAAUAGAUGUCACCGACUUUAUUCUGAGCCAAAGAGUUCUUAUACACCUGAGUACUCACAAAGAAAAGUUUGAUAUGCUAGUAUUUAUGGUACAAAAGUUGUUUCAGUGUGCACAGGGAAAUUUUAAAAUAGAAAAUGUGGAUUCCGUUAUGAUGCAAGAAGUUCUACUAUCAGGUCAUUUAUACCAAAAGUAUUUGGCUGAUCGAAUUGAACUAUGGUUACAGUACACUAAGAAAUACCUACUCAGACGUCUAGAAGCUCCGGACGCUUUAAUAACGCCAACUCUGCUCACAGCCAGCUUACGCAGUGCAGGAGGCGUUUCACAUGCAAUGGAAUCAUUCCUUGCCACUGGCAAUGCACCUUCUCGUUCUGGUUUAGGUCUCAUGCAGAAUUCUGGUCUUGUGGUAAUGGCUGAAAAUAUUAAUCGUAUGCGUUAUAUGUCUCAUUUUCGAGCUGUACAUCGUGGUUCGUACUUUACAACUAUGCGUACUACAGAAGCACGUCAACUGCUACCAGAUGCUUGGGGAUAUAUUUGCCCUGUUCACACACCUGAUGGCGCGCCUUGUGGUCUGCUCAACCAUUUAACUGUAUCCUGUCGUAUAUCGCGUAUACCCAACAAGGAGCUUGUCAAGGCGAUACCGAAGAAUCUAAUAGAGAUGGGCAUGAUACCAUUAGAGUCAGAAAUUUAUGAUUCGAACGCAAAAUUGUUCGUUGUAUUCCUCGAAGGCAAACUCUUGGGGCACAUACGUCAAGUGGACGCUGAAAAAAUUGUAAACAGUUUACGUACUUUAAAAAUUGAGGGCCACUUACCCCAAAUGAUGGAAAUUGCUUAUAUACCAUAUAAAGCAAAAGGACAAUUUCCGGGCUUGUUCCUAUUUGUCGGACCAGCACGUCUUAUGCGUCCAGUAAAAAAUUUGGCACUCGGAAAAGUUGAGUACAUUGGUUCACUAGAGCAGGUGUACAUGGAUAUAGCAAUUGAUUUGAAAGAAUUUUAUCCCGGCUUUACCACGCAUAUGGAAUUGUCGAAGACUGAAUUCCUUAGUAAUUUAGCUAACUUAAUUCCCAUGCCAGACUACAAUCAAUCACCCAGAAACAUGUAUCAAUGUCAGAUGGGUAAACAAACUAUGGGCACUCCUUGUCUUAACUGGCCCAAACAAGCAGCUAACAAAUUAUAUCGCUUACAAACUCCGGCAACACCACUUUUCCGGCCGGUACAUCAUGACAAUGUGAGACUUGACGACUUUGCCAUGGGUACUAACGCCAUAGUGGCUGUGAUUUCGUACACUGGCUACGAUAUGGAGGAUGCCAUGAUAAUAAAUAAAUCUGCACACGAGCGUGGAUUUGCCUAUGGUAGUAUAUAUAAAUCGAAAUUUAUCGAAUUAGAUGGCACAAGCUACUUUGCGCGUAGUCCACACCUGCCCGAACUAAAUAAGUUGCUAGACAAUGACGGCUUACCACAUGCGGGCACAAAGUUAUGGCAUGGCUGCCCUUUCUACUGUUACUUUGAUGUUGACACCUCGACCUAUAAAGUCGUCAAAUUAGACGAAAAGGAAGAUUGCGUUGUUGACAGCGUACGCUAUUGUGGCAACUUCAAGGCAAAUGCACGUCGUAUGGUUUGCAUAACACUUCGCAUACCACGUCCGCCUACAAUUGGAGACAAGUUCGCUUCUCGUGCUGGUCAAAAGGGUAUCUGCUCACAACGUUAUCCAGCCGAAGAUUUACCCUUUAGUGAAACGGGUCUUAUACCAGAUAUUGUUUUCAAUCCUCACGGUUUCCCUUCACGUAUGACAAUCGCUAUGAUGAUCGAAACAAUGGCUGGCAAAAGUGCAGCCUUACAUGGUCUUGUGCAUGACGCAACACCAUUCCGUUUUUCAGAGAAACACACUGCGAUCGAUUAUUUCGGACGUCUACUAGAAGCGGGUGGUUAUAAUUACUAUGGCACCGAACGUCUUUAUUCCGGCGUAGAUGGCCGUGAAAUGUCUGCAGAUAUCUUCUUUGGCGUCGUACAUUAUCAGCGACUACGUCACAUGGUGUUCGAUAAAUGGCAGGUACGAUCCACUGGACCUGUCGAUGCUAUAACCCAACAACCCAUUAAGGGUCGCAGACGUGGUGGUGGUGUACGUUUCGGAGAAAUGGAACGUGAUGCCUUAAUUUCGCAUGGUGCAGCAUUUCUCCUACAAGAUCGUCUCUUCCACAAUUCUGAUAAAACACAUACGUUGGUGUGCAGCAAAUGUGGUAGUAUAUUAGCGCCGCUAAAGAAAAUUAUCAAACGUACCGAGACUGGCAAGUUGCAGUCGAUGCCGGACAAUUGUCGUUUGUGUGGUGAUGGCGCAGGCGUCGGAUAUAUUGAAAUACCAUUUUCAUUUAAAUAUUUAGUUACCGAGCUGAGUUCUGUUAACAUAAAUGCUAGGUUUAAGCUAAUGAAUAUUUAAAUGAGUUCUGUCUUAUGUAUCAACAAAGUGUAUGUGCUUAGUAAUGUACUGUAAUAAAUAAUAACUCCUAAUUUUAUAUAA